AUGGCCGGGGUGGAGAACUGGGGGGAGGCCCGCCUUCUCGCGGAGGCGGUACUCGUAUCGGUGGUGGGCCCCAUCAGUAGCCUGGGACUGAAGGUGGCACCCCAGAAGACAGAAGCCGUCUUUUUCCAUGACGGCAGCCGUAGGGCACCGCUGAAGUCUUGGGUCCUGAUGGAUGGAGUUCCCGUUCACGUCGGGCUCACAAUCAAGUAUCUGGGCCUGACGUUGGACGGCCGCUGGGACUUCGAGCUGCACUUCAGAUAUCUGGCCCCCCGGGUCCGCAAAACAAGUCUGGCUCUGGCCAACCUGAUGAAGACCCAGGGGGGCCCAGGAUGGAGGGCUCGCCUUCUGUACGUUGGUGUCGUGCUCUCUAUCGCCCUCUACGGGGUGCCCAUAUGGGCGCCCCAGCUACUGUCCAGCCGCCGUAGCAAAUGCCUGUUGCGUCAGGCUAUGCGGUGGUGA